AUCAAUACAAAAUUUGAAACUAACUUGAAAGCACGAUUUUAUUUCAUCGUGCUUGAAAGCAUCUUGCCGUCCUGUAACUUGUAAGUCUAAAACGCGGAGGACGAACACAUACACUCUACUUGUAUUUAAAUUUAUGUUCUAUCUUUACUCUCUUAAAUCGUUGUUUUAAAUCUAUUAACUAUAGUCUCGUGUAGUAGUUCGUGUUUUAUACAUUGUAUUGUAAUAGUAUCAUUAGUUUUUAAAAUGGAAUCUGGCGAGUGUUUUCCUAAUAUAACACCAUUAGAAAAUAUGUCAUCAUAUCAUUGGAAACUACUAAAAUUGAAGGGUCGGUUGGAUACAAUAACAGAACGUAUGUCAAAAAGAAAAAGCGGAACAUUGGAACCUUAUACAACUUACAUGGAUGAAGAUUCCACUGAUAAAAUUGAUAAAUUCUUGUUAAUGAGUCAAGUAAAACCAUUAGAGUCAGACGAUGAUGAUAUGGAUUUAAGUAAAAUUAACUAAUAUUUUAUUUUAAUGUAAAUAAUUAAUUUUAAUUAAUGUAACAUGUAAUAUAAAUAUAAAUCUUAUGACACUAUUA